AUGAACGAUUCAAUCAGUAGCCCCAUUAAGGCCACGUGUAGAGACAUGGCCCUUAAAAGUAGUUUACAUUCUUUCACAUUUAGUUUGAAAGAUUUUGAUAUAGCCGGAUUUUUGGGCGAUGGAGCACAUGGUAGUGUAUUUUUGGCUUGUGAGAGGAGAACCAAUUUUAUAUGCGUAUUAAAAUGUAUAUCUAAAUCACAUUUAGUCAAGAGUACACAGGAAGCGUUGUUAAGAAAAGAGAUAGAAUUGCAAGCACAUUUAAAACACCCACAUAUAGCAUGCAUGUAUACGUGGUUUCAUACAAGCAGUCAUGUCUUUUUUGUUAUGGAAUAUUGCUCUAACGGAGAUCUUUUUACAUACUUAAAUGAGCAUGGACCCUUUUGUGAGAAAAAAGUAGCAGAGAUGCUGUUUGAAAUAAUAUGGGCUAUAAGAACAUGUCAUGAUAAGAGAAUAGCACAUUUAGAUUUGAAACCUGAGAAUGUUUUAGUAAAUCAUGAAGAGAAAUGUAAACUAGCUGAUUUUGGUUUAUCAGCUCAUAUAGGAUCUAAACAUAAAAAAAAAGGUAUAUCUCAUUAUAGAGGGACACAUGAUUAUUGGUCACCUGAACAAUGUGCAAGACAUCAAAAGAAGAAACAGAAUUUUGGUGAAUUCGAUCAGAAAACAGAUAUAUGGACCUUAGGAAUUUUAGCUUUUGAAUUAAAAUUUGGUAGACCUCCAUUCGGAUCAACAAAUGAAGAAAGAGAAAAUGUUAUUAUGAAUAGAAUACAAGAUUAUCAUUGGAGUCAAUUAUUCUGUGAAAAAGUAAAACAAGAUUUAAUUGAUAAAUUAUCACCAGAAUUUAAAGAUUUCUUAAAUUUAUGUCUAGAUAAAAAUCCAAAAAAAAGACCCACAGCAGAAUCAUUAAUUCAACAUCCUUUUAUUUUUAUUCAUAAUAAAAAUAGAUCAUGCAUCAAAUCUUAUGCGACUCAACCUAGGGGUAAGCAAGGUCCAAAGUUAAGUCACAAGGGAUUUAAUGAGCAAGACGGGUCCUUCUUAACUCCCAUCUGGUUUCACAAUAAAUAA